AUGUGUGGUGAAAGAGAUAUUGUUCGGACUAAUUCAAAAAGAAAAACAUCUUCAAUUCUCUUCAAUGCUUCCAUUUAUGUAUCGCUUGAAGAUUUUUCAUGGCUUAGUCAUGGAAGCUCUCAUCGGGUUUUUAAUGUUGACGAUUUUGGAGCUAAGGGUGAUGGAACAGAUGACAGAAAGGCAUUUAAGAAGACUUGGAAGAAGGCUUGUUCAUCUGAAGGGGGUGUUUUUUUGGUCCCAAAUAAUAGGACUUAUCACCUUAGGCCAAUGAACUUUACAGGUCCUUGCAAAUCUUCUCAGCUCACAUUGAAGAUUGCUGGAACAAUCAAAGCUUCUUCUCAUAGAAAAGACUACAUAAAAGAUAGGUGGCACUGGCUUGUUUUUGUUAGUGUAGAGAACAUGAAUGUUGAAGGUGGUGGAACUUUUGAUGGUAAGGGAAAAAUAUGGUGGGAAAACUCUUGCAAAGUCAACAAAUCCCUUCCCUGUGUUCGCGCCCCACAUGCUGUAACUUUCUUUGAUUGUAAGAAUCUAAUAGUGAGCAAUCUGAGAUUCAAAGAUGCACAAAAAUUCCAUCUUUUCUUUGAUGCAUGUGUGAAUGUGAAAGUUGAGAAUCUAUUGGUGACUGCCCCAAGUAAUAGUCCAAACACAGAUGGAAUUCAUAUGCAAGGCACACAGAAUAUUCAGUUGAGGAAUUGUGUUAUCAAAACAGGUGAUGACUGUAUCUCUAUCAUAAAUGGGACAACCAAUGUAAGAGCUACAGAUAUAACUUGUGGCCCAGGUCAUGGAAUAAGCAUUGGUAGCUUAGGACCUAAUAAUACAGAAGCCCAAGUCUCCAAUGUGAUGGUGGAUAGAGUAACAAUUUCAGGAACUACUAAUGGAGUCAGAAUAAAGAGUUGGCAGGGAGGAUCUGGUUAUGGAGAAAACAUAGUGUUCCAAAACAUAGCAAUGCACAAUGUGACCAACCCCAUUAUCAUAGACCAAUACUAUUGUGAUCAGAAGGACCCUUGUCCAGAACAGUACUCGGCAGUACAAAUAAGCAAUGUGGUGUACAACAACAUAACCGGGAGUAGUUUCUCGAAAAUGGCGAUUAAGUUUAAUUGUAGCAGAACUUUUGAAUGUCAAGGGAUUUCAAUGAGAAAUGUGAAUUUGGUAAGAGAAGGAGAUGGUGUUGUUGAAGCUUCUUGCCAUAAUGUUGGAUUGACUGUAAAAGGAUUGGUUUCUCCUUCAUGCUCAUAAUCAUAAUCAUAAACAUUGUAUUUUAUAAUUUUUUUUUUCUCUCGAAACUUGGUUCGUGUUUAGUAACAGCAACUCGAACCUCAUACUUUGUAAGAGCAAACUACAUACAUAAUAAAAUUUGGCUACUAGAGCCUCAUUAGUAGUGAUUUUUAUUUACUUA